AUGAACGCCGAGUCCGAUUUGAGCUCAGGCGCAAAGGAGGAAGGAGGAAGCGUCGCACUUGAUCGACAGACGCCCACCUCUACCACAUUGCAAGAUCGAGCGUGGAUGUCCAGCGACUCGGGCGAGUCUGUCUCUUUGCUGGACCAGCUCAUGGCGAACAACAACAACAAUAGCGUCGACGCAGCGGGCACUGGUAGUGGCAUCAUUUCUAGCACUAACGCUGCAGGGGAGGCUGCCAGUCACGGGGACGUGAUGGAGACGGAUCAAAUGAUUGGGAGUCGCAGCAUGGACUUGCAAGGCUUGGACAUGGGAAUGGGCGUCGGUGUUGACAUGGGAAUGGGAAUGGGAACAGGCGCGAGCAUUGCAGCAGGGCUCACCAUGCCUUCCGACAUCGCAUCCACAAUGGACGGCAGUAUGGCCAUGUCGAUGGGAGAUCCGAUGGCCAGCGCCUCGGUCCCGUACUCAAUGGACCCGAAUAUCGGUCUACCGAUGCAGCUGCCCCUUCAGCUACCCCUCGGCUCUCUUCCAGUGAUGCCCAACUCCACAUUCCAACAGCCUUUUCCUAGCACCUUUCAGCAAGUCCCCGCAUCACCACCGACGGCGCAUCCCAUUGCUAUCGCGCACCUUCCCUCUCUCUCUCCUCAAAUCCUCCCGCCAAUGAUGCAUUCUCAUCUCCGAGUCGUCCAUCAUGCUUCUCAGCUUGGCAGUCUUUCCUUCGAGGUCAGACAGCUGAGAGCCGAUGGGCUCCAGACCUUGUCUGAAGCGCAGAAUGCACAGGAAGGAGCACCAUCUUCUUCAGCUCGCAAGAUGAGGAAAGCUUUCAUCUUCUCUGGUAGCCAAAUUUCUAAUCAAGGAGCGGAAGGGGAGGGAAGUCAAGGUGGAGCGAAGCAGAAACGCAAGCGGAGCAAAGAGCUCAGCAUAGAGGUUCUGCAAUCAUACUUUGCCAAGCCUGGAGCUGGGUACAUGAUCGUCACAGACCCUUCAAGACCGACAAAGGAGGACGUUCGAAUGCAAGAAGCUGCCCGACUCUUUGGUCUGCCCAUCAGCGCAGGGUCGUCUUUGGGCGAACAAGGGGUGGUGAGAGGAUCGAACGAACAUCUGAGGGAGACGUUGAGCACAUUCUCGUCCGCUCAGCACAUUUCGAUGCUUUUGCAGAAGUGCAAUUUACCUCCGCCUUUGGGAGCUCCAUCUUCAGGCGACGGAGGGUCAGGGCAUACAGCUUUGGCGGCAAGAGGAGGCGACGGCGGAGCUGGCGCUAGUGCGAAUGCACCUGGAGCGUGGAUCAAUCGCGGCUUGAUGGUCAGAGGCGAGGGCACUGUUUGGACGUUCGAGACUGAGCAGAGUGCGCAUGGCGGCCGUUACCAUCGCGGCGCCACAAACGACGCGGCAUCCCUGGAGGAAUGGGUCGUCUUGGUGGGAAAUUGGGGAGUGGGAAGAGACUUGAUUCAUGGCUUCAUGCAGGUGAGACGAGAGACGCGCUCUUAUCUCUUUCCGCUCGCUACGAGCUUUGCAAGCGCGGCCAUCGCCCCAUCUGACCAUUAUGAAUUGCCUGAUCUGAUUCAGGUCGUCUACGCAGGAGAUGCAAAGGUCCCACCCAUCGAUGCUCGCGUGAUUCUGAACUCUCUUCUGCCUCCUUCUUUCAUUCAACUCAACAGCGGUCUGCACGCGACCUCUGGCGGCCAGACGCGGCCAAAUGUUCAGGGUUCGAACGCCAAUGGGCUCAUCGUUCCCGUGUUCGCAAACCUUUCGGCUGAGAGCUGGGCAGAAAUCAGGGCUCCCAUCCACAGACGCCGACAGAAGUCGAAGAAAAGCAAUAUCAAAGCCGCUCGCGAAGCGGCAUCGAGCCCCUCGGGAAUGGAGCAUACAGCAGUAGGCGAAGAGGUGGGAAACGACAACAAGCGCAACAAUCAUGCAGUAGAUGGGAAGUCAAAGAAUACGCACCUUCGACAUACAAAAGGACAGCCUGGCAUAGGAGAUGGGCAAAGAAUACCUGGAGAGGUCCAGGCCUGGGCCUGGGUCAGCCUGAUAAGACAAUUGGGAUUCCUUUGA